GGGGACCCCAUGCGUGCUCCCGCCGCUGCCUAGGACGCCCUCCUGCCGGAGCCCGCGGGGAAAGCUGAUAUCUUCAGUGACUAAAAGACUGAUUUCUUUACCCUGUCCACUUCCACAAAGUUGAUCGUGCGUGCGCCCGAACCUUUUCUGAAGAACUCGAAGACUUCUUCACCCUGGUCUGGAGAAAGAAAAUUCUACAAUUUCCUGCCACUCAACGCCUGCUGGAAGACCAGGACUCUCAACUGAACAGCCAACUGAUAAUGUUCCCUAGGCGCCCGAGUGGAAGCACCGUGCAACCAUGAGUGCUUUGUUGCCCAGACUUAGGACACUCUCCAGUGUCAUACAAAACGGCAUCAUGGCUUUACAACUAAGCCGCAACCUGACCGACACUGGCCUGAAUGAGUACGUGAAUGGCACCGACAAUUCGACCACCCCGGCACCGACCUCGGCUCCCGGACCCAUCCGCAAGAACUGGCCUGCCCUCCUGAUCUUCAUCGUCAUCAUCAUCACUGUCGCUGGGAAUAUCCUGGUGAUCCUGGCCGUGGCACUGGAGAAGAAACUGCAGACUGCAACCAACUUCUUCUUGAUGUCUCUGGCCGUGGCGGACAUGUUAGUCGGGUUAUUAGUGAUGCCGGUGUCUGUCCUCACCAUCCUCUACGAAUACACCUGGCCUCUUCCAAAACAACUCUGCCCGAUGUGGAUCUCCCUCGAUGUGCUGUUCUCAACUGCGUCCAUCAUGCACCUCUGCGCUAUCUCCCUGGAUCGCUACAUUGCCAUCCGGAACCCAAUUGAGCACAGCCGCUUCAACUCUCGCACCAAGGCCCUUCUGAAAAUUGCCAUUGUCUGGACCAUCUCGAUGGCUGUGUCCGUGCCCAUCCCAAUCAUCGGCCUGAGGGAUGAGAGCAAGGUCUUUGUGAACGGAAGCUGCAGCCUGAACGAACCCAACUUUGUGCUCAUUGGCUCCUUUGUGGCGUUUUUCAUUCCUCUGUUCAUUAUGGUGAUCACUUACUGCCUGACCAUUCAGGUCUUGCAGGGCCAGAGCAAUGUGUUUGGGCCUGGGGAGAGGCGUAGGAGGCGUUCCAAGUUUGGUUGCCUGCGGAGGGAGAGGAGUGCCCACAACAUCGCCGUGAUUCACAAUCCCACUACUGGGGGGCCAGUUCGUCUUAUUUCUCCGGGCCAUAGGGAGGGCUAUCGUAAGGGGACCAUGCAGGCCAUUGCUAAUGAGCGUAGGGCCUCCAAGGUGCUUGGUAUUGUCUUCUUUCUCUUCCUGCUCAUGUGGUGCCCAUUCUUUAUCACUAAUAUCAUGGCGGUUAUUUGCACUCAGUCUUGUCGCAAGUCAACUCUUGAUGAGCUCCUGAGUGUGUUCGUUUGGGUUGGAUAUGUGUGCUCCGGCGUCAACCCCCUGGUAUACACCCUUUUCAACAAGACCUACCGCCGGGCCUUCCUCAAGUACCUUAGCUUUGGAUGGUUGGGGAAAACCAAGAGCCCUCCCAGGCAGAUCCCAGUCAGUGCUACUAACCUGUACCCCAGGGAAUACACUGGGCCGGAAUAUACCGGCCGGGAUUUUGCCCCAAGGGGAUAUGUCCCAAGGGAAUACAGCCCCAGCCACGAUGAGGAUGUGCCCCAGAUUGUCCCCCUUGAGGAGAGACCCAACACCGAGGUAGUUGAAGUAGUGAUUGAGAUGGAACCUUGCUCUCCCCAGCCGGUGGAAGCAAGAGUUGAGGAUACCUGUACUAUGGUCAAUGAGAAGGUUAGUUCUGUUUAAGGAGGUCUCGCCCCGAGCUUUGGCUCACCACGAAGAUCCGGCAUAGGAAAUCCAGUCGAGUGAAUUAGCACAGGAGAUUGACUCGAAAGAAUUUCCUGUGCCGUGUAGAGAUCCCUGUAAAUACAACAUUCUGAGCAAAGGUGUUUGAGUAUGGCUUUGCAAUCUUGUACUUUGAUUCAUGCCUAUGAGUGAGGUUUAAAGUUUUAUAUUUACUGUGCACAAGAGAUUUCUAAAAGACCAAUUACCUGAAUCUGUUCUAUUGGCGGACUAAAAAAGGCAACCUCUUUUUAAAUAUCGGAGGAAGAAAAGGGCUGUCUCUCUUGGGUGGCGCUUUCCUAGAAACCCAAGAAGGUGCACGCAGCCAUGGCCCCAGGCCACUCUAAAAUCUACCAAUUUGGAAGCACGUAAAUAUAUGCUUUAUAUUCUUGCUCUCUUCAUAUACACACAUUAUCAUGAUGAGAUGGGGUUCUGGCCUCGGAAACUCACCGGUGCUAUCCAGCUACUGAGGGGUUCUCCAUUGGGGUAGAAUCAAGCCUUGUUAGAUGCUGGGGUGAAGGAAGACAUUGUCUGAAAGCUUGAGCUAAUUUUAUUGGCAUUUGACGAUGAUGUCCAUCCCCCAAACAUAGUGAUAUGCUACCAUAGCAACUAGGUAACCGGAACUGUGGAGUGGAAGGACAAUAAGAGAUACAUACACCACUAGUUUAUCACCUCCCGAGGACCACAUUUCAAAUUUGGAUUUCGGCACCAAAUGAUUGGAAAUUAGCAUUCUCUUAGUGGUCCUCGGUCAAAAAACCUAGUCCCAUGGUGGAGCUAUUUACCCAUUCUGGGAUUUGAGAUUCCCUGGGAGGUCAAACCCUUGAUCCUAGAAUUUCUAAUUGCUUUAGAGAAUAAUCAAGCAAGCAAAAAAAUCAAAAGGCAGACUUAUAAUACCUUCUAGCCUUAUGUGGACAGAGAUUUUAGGACAAAAAAGUAAACUAAAAGAAAGAAUCAAGUACCUCCUCUUUAGGGCAAACUGCCGUAGUACUUUCUCAAGCAAAGCUUAUAGUGGAGCUUAAAGGGUAACACCUGGGGAGUCAAGAGAAGGAGACUUUACAAGUCUUAACUUGAUUCAGUACUACAGAAGUAGGCCCUUGGAAUGUCAAUCUAUCAAAAUGCUUAUCUGACUCUGGGAAUAAAAAGAAAUACAGAGUUUCCAUUGGAUUUUUCAAAGCUAAAGUUAUCUCCUGUUUGGAUCCUUCGUCACAUUUAGCUAGUACAAGCAAAGGCUGCAGUUGAUUUGUGCAAGUGGCAAGCUUGUCAUCAUAUUACAAUCAUGUACAAGAAGUUAAGCCUUGUGACAAAUUUGUGUUGUGUUCUAAUUUGUGUGUUCUUCGCGGGUCUGCCGCUCUCUUAAGGAUUCCAUUUCAGUUCCAUGACCAUCCUCACUCAGAGCACCAUCAAUGGGGCCUGAGAAUUACUCAUGUCUGGUCAUCCAGUCUGUGCUGUGUGCAGAGUAGACAAGUGUUCCCAGUGAUUGUGUUUCUGUGCGUGUGUCCAUUUCACACAGAUCUGUGGCUUUCCCGGAGGAUUCCAUGAUGCUAGCUUAUGCCCGACAUUAUUUGCAGGCCUCCGAGUGUACGUUCCAAACUCUGGAAACUGGAGGUGGCAGAAUCUGAAUAUCCAGCACCCAUGGCCCCAAUCUUUGAUGGCCAGCUUUGACGCAAGCAGCAGUCCGUGCUCGUGAAAAGUCCAAUGUGAUAUCACCUAGCUAGUUAGAAGAUGAAAACCGAGGGGCGGUGGGAGAGCCACCACUCUGGGCAAAACCAGGGUGGCCUCAACCUGCUUCGCAACACUGCCAGGUGUCGGUCAUUUCUUCGAGCAUGGAUUUCUCCUUUUACCCUCCCCCCAAAAAAAAGCGUCACAAGAAGGUCCAAGUCAACUUGCCCGUCUGCUCUGUCGAACCACGUCUAAGCGUUCUUACGACCAGCCGGACGAGAUCCAGCUCGUCCGUCCCAAAAUGACACCGUCUAAAGAAACCCCACAUGCGAACCACGUGUGUCGCACAAUUCCAUCUCUGUGUAUUUCUGUAUCGCAGAGUAGCUGAAACUACAAGGGACAGCGCCUUUCGCAGCCCUCAAGCUGAUUCAAGACCACGUUCCCCCGUCCCUCCCCCCACCCCACCCCCAUUCAGAUCUGAAGUAGUGAGCAUCGGAGAAAAUGGGAAACAUCUUAUUUCUUCUGUCAAAUAUAAAGGGCAAGCUCUUAGCACAUGCUAACAGAGAUCCUUUGAAAAACCCACAGACUUUCAAUUGCACUAGCAAUAAACUCCAACGAUAACUAGCUUAGAACACAUUUGUGGCCAGUCUCCAUAUUGUCACACAGUAACAUCAAGUAAAUCUCACAUGGUCAUGGUUCUCCAACUCCUGUGCCAAUCACCAAUUUUCUGUGUUCAGUAUUAUCUACAAGUUAUCUUAAUGUCUAUUAACUAUCCUGGAUGUUAAAAACAAAAAAAAAAUCUUGCCUGUUAGAUUAUUAAUUGCAACCUUAAUGUUCAAUGGAAUCUCUAUAUUGAUGUAGGAUUAUAAUCUCUAGAUUAAGGAUAAGAGUUAAGGAUUGCCUCGUGUGCCCCCUCUCUCCCUGACCCCUUGUCCGAAGGUAAUCUUUUGUGAAUGAUCUCUAAGUAGCUUGCUGUCAAGAUCCCUGGUGCCUAGAUAUAUCACUUGCACCAGAUCUUUGUGAGAUCUCUCUUAAUUUAUUAAAUAGUAAGUGUUCAAUCA